AAUUUUGCAGAAAACAACGUUCAAAUAUUUGAUCAGUUACUUGGAGUGAAAUGAAGAUUCAGUUUGUUGUUGCGUUACUUUGCUUGGUGAUAUUUCUACAUUCUGAAGGCAAACACCAAGACAAUGGUCACUACAAAACCAAGGCCAAAGGACACAAUCACGAAAAUUACAAAAGCAAAGGCCAUCCACCAAAGAAGUGUGAAGCACCUUGUAAAACUCUUCCAACGACAUGUCCAGUGGGAUACUCAAAACUAACUAAUCAAAGAAUAAGCCCAAAUUGUUACCUAUUCGGAGGGGAUAGAAUAGUAAAGUGGUAUGCUGCUCUUGAAAGAUGCAUUAGUACUCCUGGUGCCUACCUGUGGAUUCCAGAAACAAUAGAAGAGGCUGAAGCAAUUAGAGACAAAUUUAACAUUGUUGACAAUGACAUUGACGUAUUUGUUGGAGGAAACAAUCUAGCUGAUAAUGAUACAUAUGUGUAUGCAGUAACCAAUGACCCAUUUGAUUUUGACAACCUUCCAUUUGGAGAAAUAAAAGAUACACCGGAAACCGUUGAAGGAUGCAUGGAACUGGAAUUUAAUAAUGAAGGGAUACCUAAUUUUGGGUGGGAUUCAGAUCCUUGUUCUUCUGAAGAAGAGGCAUAUAUUUGCGAGUUUCCAAUUGCACCUUUGUGUUAGCUGUGCAGUGCAAUGAAGAGUAC